GCAAAAUGUCGAACAUCUAUGCAGAGCUUGCUCGUCUCAAUCUUAAUACAGAGCAAAAAGCUGCCCUAAUCUACUACCUCACUGAAGAUGGCGAAGCUGAAGCUAAAGCGGAGAAAGCCUUCAUUGCUUGCAACAAUGAUGAGGAGAAACAUGCCUAUCUAAACUUAGUCUUGGAGUCUUUAUCUGGAAAGUCUCGCUCAACUGAAAUUGAAUCGGUCAACCUCGUUCCUGAAUUUGUUGAAAAACUAAAGCUCGAUACAUAUAAAGAGCCUGUUUUCGGAAAUUUCGAAGUUAAAGGCGUAGAUCUCAAAAA